CGCGGCGUCGGUGUUUAGUUUAUUUCGUGACUCCUUUAGACGAUUUCGAGAUCCAACAUACUCCGCUCAUCUCUCAGCUUGUAGAAUUUGCAAAUUAUGGGAGACGCUAGGGACAACGAAGCCUAUGAGGAGGAGCUUCUGGACUAUGAGGAAGAGGACGAGAAGGUCUUAGAUUCUGGGAAUAAAGUUAACGGCGAUGCGGUGAAGAAAGGUUACGUGGGAAUACACAGUUCUGGAUUCAGAGACUUCCUUUUGAAACCCGAGCUUCUCAGAGCUAUUGUUGACUCUGGAUUUGAGCAUCCAUCUGAAGGUAAUAAACGCUAUUUCAAUCUAUUCAUUUGGAGUGAGCUUUAGGAUUUCGUAAAGUCACCAAUGAAACGAUAUGGAGGUUAUCUUCUAAUUCUAAACGGUUCCUUGGCUGCAAUUUUCUUUGGCGCUACAUCAGUGCAACAUGAAUGUAUCCCUCAAGCUAUCUUGGGCAUGGAUGUUAUCUGCCAAGCAAAGUCUGGUAUGGGAAAGACUGCUGUCUUUGUGCUGUCUACUCUACAACAGAUUGAGCCGUCUCCUGGCCAGGUGUCUGCACUAAUCUUGUGCCAUACAAGGGAGUUAGCUUACCAAGUAUGUACUAUUUGCUUCCUUGACUCGUGC